UGACCAGAAUAUCCUCAGCUAAUAAUUUUCCCUUGCCUAGUCUUCUAAAAUAGUAGAGAAUAGAAAGAAAAUUCUGUACAAAAAUUAAAAUGACUUCAACAGAAAACAAUGGUGCUUCUAGCCACCCCUCCACUACCGGCGCCACCGUUGUCGACGGCAUAAACGCUGGCCUUCUUAUUUCAACCACCGAGACCAUACGUUUGUUUCUCGCCGGAGCUUCCGCGGGAGUUGAACUCUCCGAUGACCUGAGAGAACUCGCGUCUUCCCUUUCUGAUCAUCCCACGGUACCAUACAAACAUCUGAGGUCGGUUUGGAUUGGGUCUAACCCUUCAACGCGACCUGAUCUGAUGGGCUUGUUAUCCGGAUCCAAUUUCGUCUUCUGCAGUCCAAAACCUAGAGAGAAAAGUGAGGAACUCAAAGCUCGGUUGAAGAAACUAGAAGAAGCGUCGGAGAGGAAGGCGUAUGAUGAAUUGGUGAAGGAUAUUACUCCUAGGAAACCUGUGGAUGAACCUUUUUCCUCUUAUAAAGAUCAAAUGGGCUUUGGCUUACAUGUUGGUAUAGCAAUGUUCACUUGCUAUCUGAUGGGAUAUUUUACAUUCAGGGCCUUAUUUAAUCACAAUCCAGCAAUGAGCGCUGCUGGGGGCAUUCUUGGAUUGGUCAUUGCCAUGCUUGUCGAGACACUUCUCUUUAUUAUUAGAACUUCGAGUCUAGAUAAAAAACCGGCUAGAAAAGCCACAUCAACGCAGAAGAAGAAUCAGUAGGUUUCAUCACAAGAAGUUGAUUCGUUCUAUGUUUCCUUAGAAUAGGAAUAAAUAUUUUGGUAUUGAACAUCUCAUUUAUUUCUCCUCCUCUGAAAUUUUUAUGCUGUAAAAAUAUGUACUUUUUGAUUUGUGUAGCUCACUAUAGGUUCAUUAUAAGAGAACUAUUGCUCUGCAAUGCAUAAUUAUUUCUAAUUGGGAAGUUUGUCUUUGGCACUUGUAAUACAAGAUAAUUUUAUUGUCUUUCACAGAAGACCAUGUGGUUUGUUUUGUA